AUGGACGGCCCAGUUACUCAGUUGGAUAUGGGUCUGACCUUGUUUAACGAAAUAUUGCAGAUCCAUUCUUUUGAGGACCUUAAAGCUGUGAUCUUCCUCAACCCAAACCCCCCUGUCAAGAUGAAGAAACCAAACAUCGCAUUUCAAUUUGCUUGUUUUCUUUUGUGUGCCAGUUUAUGGGCAACUUCAGCUGAUCCCCAGUACCAAGACUUCAUCAACUGUUUUGUUAACAACUCCAGCAAUUCUGCUGUCAUUUCGACCCCAGAUACCUCAUAUUACGCCUCCAUCUUGAAUGUUUCCAUCCAAAACCUGAGAUUCACGCUGCCAAACACCCCAAAACCUCAACUGAUCCUGGCUCCAGAAAACGAAGCCCAGAUCCAAACCGCAUUAUCCAUCUCGGUGGAUGCUAUCAGCAAAACAGCCUGGGUUGGAGCUGGAGCAACACUUGGUGAAACCUACUACAACAUUGUUCAAGCAAACAGUUCAUUAGCCUUCCCAGCGGAGCAACUCACAGCCUUCAGUCUCAAAAGAACCCUGGAGCAGAACGCCACGGAUCUUGUCUACAAAUGGCAAACCGUUGCCCCAAAUUUGCCACCGGAAUUGCUUCUUGAGCUCCAGUUGACGGUCGUUCCGUCAAAUCAAACGGCUGACGGAAAAACCAUUCAGGCCACCUUCGUUUCCCUGUUUCUAGGUGGAGCUAAUGAUCUGGUGAGCAUAAUGAAUCAAACUUUUCCCGAAUUGGGUUUGGUAAGAGAUGACUGCAUCACUUUACCAAGCUGGGUUGAUUUCCUCACAUAUUUCUAUCAACGCCCAUUGAAUUUAACAGAUACCAUACUAACAAGCAGACUCUCUCUGAACCCAAAGAGUUACUUCAAAUCAACAGCAGACUUUGUUCAGAACCCAAUCCCCAAACAGGGGCUUGAGGAAUGA